AUGAGCUCAUACUUCUCAUCCUUGACCACUUCUUCGGCCAUCUCUGGCCUGGGCUCACGACUCACCAACCUUCGUCGUGCAAUUACCCUAGGCGACGAGGGAGACGACCCCGACAACGAGGACUGCUCCCACAUCUCCAACGCCCUUCGAGCUUACUAUACCGAAAAGGGCCGACCAUUCCCACCAUGGCUCCCACAAGAUCCCAAGGCUCCAUCUCCGACACCCUCCCGCCAAAUUGCGACUUCGCAGUUACCCCCCGGUAGCUACAACCAAGGGUCCGCCAACUCCAGCCGGAGCGGGGGGCUGGGUGAUCUAUGGGGCGAUUCUCCCACAUCUCAAACACCUAUCCCUCAGACAGCCAGUCUUCGUCGCGGACGUGGUGGCACAGCACCACCGCUCGCCUCCGCCAACAGCGCACCGCCGGGCCCCUCCCCCUCGCCCGGUUCCCCCCUUACACAUUCUCAGUCCUAUUCGCCUGCUGGAUCGGGCUCUCCCCACCCAUCUGGAGCGCGGCCAUUGCCCAGUCAGCGAGCUGGAUCGCAACAGCCUUCCCGUCCAAAUCUCGACCGAGUCGGGUCGGGUGGUGGUUCAGCCCAGGACCGACUGCGGGCCAGAUUACAGGGAGGAAGAUCUCCUAGUCCCAAUGUUGACCCCAGUAUUCGGAAGCCUGUUGGAGCGCCUGGAAGACGGUGA